GGCCGGAGUUCAGUCCCGGCGCGGCAGUUCGCGGAGCUGCGUCUCUUCUCCGUGCUCCCGCGGCGGCUGUGGAAUCGGGGUCCUGAUCGUGAUGGGGACAAAGGCAAAAGCCGGGAGGAAACAGUUGCACCUCUUCAUAUUGGCUAUCUUGUGCUCCCUGGGCAGGAGUAAUGUGUACAUUCCUGAACCUGAAGUCAAAGUUGCUGAGAAUAGUCCUGUCACGUUGUCCUGCUCCUACACGGGCUUUUCCUCUCCCCGUGUGGAAUGGAAGUUUGUCCGAGGGGACACCACCAGCCUGGUUUGCUAUAACAACAAGAUCACUGCUUCCUAUGAGGACCGAGUUACCUUCUCGCCGAGUGGCAUCACCUUCCGUUCUGUGACCCGGAAAGACACUGGGACGUAUACGUGUAUGGUCUCUGAGGAAGGUGGCAACAACUAUGGGGAGGGCAGCAUCAAUCUCAUUGUGCUUGUGCCUCCAUCCAAGCCUACCGUCAACAUCCCCUCCUCUGCCACCAUUGGGAGCCGGGCAGUGUUGACUUGCUCAGAAUCAGACGGUUCCCCACCUUCUGAAUACUACUGGUUCAAGGAUGGGGUGCAGAUGCCUACGGAUCCCAAGACGAACCGUGCCUUCAGCAACUCUUCUUACAUCCUGGAUCCCCAGUCAGGGGAGCUGGUUUUCGAACCUGUUUCAGCCUUUGAUACUGGGGAAUACUCUUGUCAGGCACAGAAUGAGGUUAAGGUAUCCGAGAGGUCAGAUGCUGUGCGCAUGGAAGCCGUGGAGGUGAAUGUGGGGGCUAUCGUGGCAGCUGUCAUUGUAUCACUGCUUCUCCUGGGAGCCUUGAUUUUUGCCAUCUGGUUUGCCUAUACCCGAGGCUACUGUGACAGAGCAAAGAAAGGGACUUCGAGUAAAAAGGUGAUUUACAGCCAGCCUAGUGCUCGAAGUGAAGGAGAAUUCAAACAGACCUCAUCAUUCCUGGUGUGACCCUGGUCUGGCUCAUCUCCUGUCAUCUGUACUUGCCUUACUCAGGUGCUACCAGACCCUGGCCCUGAUGUCUGUAGUUUCACGGGAUGCCUUAUUUGUCUUCUAGACCCCACAGGGCCCCCCACUUCUAGCUUAGGAUGUGUUUUUAAUAAUGUCAGCUCUGUGUGCCUUCCACCUUCAUGCCUCCCCUCUUUUCUUACCACUGCCUAGUGGCUAGGGACUUGUUUAAAGAUUUCAUCCCCCAUCCCUACAGGAGAUCAGGCAGGACUCCUGGGUAUGCUAUUGAUUUCCCUUCUAAGUAGACAGAGCGGCAGGGCUCUGGGGAUCUGUAGUCACUACCUACCUGGCCCAUAGUCGCUUUCGCAUAGGGAUCUUGAGCCAAGUCCUAGGCUCCUCCAGUACUGAGGACUGGUGCCAGCUGUUCCAGAACGGGGACUGGAGACUAGAGCGGCUGCAGUGGUUAUUUGGCGAUGUCAAGCCUCUUCCAUCUCUGGAGCCGACUCUUCUGUCUUCUUAUGGGAAGUGCCACUCGGAUCCUCCUGCCCCGUCCUCCUCCUGAACACAAGCAGACUGAGGCUGACUGUGUCUAUAGGAAAAUGGGAGCCUUGUUGUGGAGAGCCUAGUAAACUUCCAGGGGAUGUGGAGCCAAAAAGAUUUAAAACCACAGAUCUAAAGAAAAGAAAGCUGGAGCUGGCAGCUCAAGCCAUCACCCUUCCCGUGGCUGGAGCAACUGGACAGACCCUUUUACGAUGUGUCUGUAGGACCGUGGGAAUGAGUGUAGUGGUCUUAGCUCUUUGUUGAGCUUGUGUGUUGCGUGUGCGUGUGCAUGCAUGCGUGCGUGUGGCCUUAGCUGUAUGCUGACACUGGACGUGUGUUGGAGAGCUUCUCAGCUCUUUGGCGAGAUUGUGUUUCUGUGUGUUUGUAUUAGCUGGAUGUUGCUGGAAAUAAAAGCUUGGUUUGUCAAAGCUUCUUUUUGUGGGGAGUGCAGGAAAUGAGGUCUUUGAGGGUCCCUGGGCCCCUUGUUUGUACAACAGGAAAAUGCCUCAAAACCCUGUUGCCCAGCAACCUGGGGCUGGUUCCCAGUGCCCUGUCCUGCCCCUUCCUGGUUCUAAUCUCAAGGCAGAGCUUCUGAGCUUUAGCCCCUCAUUGCAGAGCCCUUUUGUGGCCAGGCCCUUCUUCUGCUGGAGGAGGGUACCCAGGGUGGAGCUGAUCCUGUGCUUGGGGUUAUACUUGACCUGUUCCAGCAAGUGAGAUGCGAAAGUGCCCAACUCGCACUUCCCACCCGACUAGGAGCAUUAAUGGACUUCCCGAAGGCUACAGGAACAACUGCCCCAGAGCUGAGGCAGGGGGAUUUCCGAGGUCAUUUGGAGAGGUACUUCUUUAGUAGUAGUUUAAAGUGGUAACUACGACUUUAUUUAGUUGGGUGGAGUUCAGGAGAAGAUAUUUUGAGACCCCAUCGUGCGACAGCCUGCAUGUGAGUGACAGGAAUAGGCAGCAUAGGCCAGGCUGGCAUUGCUUUCCUCCUCCCUAUGUGGACCCUUCUCUGCCCUGAAUCUAUUUCCCUGUCUGCCACAAUCCCCCAUCUAUUUAUCAACUUGGCAACAGGGCAAAUAAGGGGUCUUCUAGGGUUGAUUUUGUUUAUUUCUUUCUGCGGAGAACACUAAGUGCCACUUUGCCAGAUUUUGUCUCCUCAUCUGGAAAUCCUCAACAGAAUUGAAUUUUCUAACAAGGAUCCAAAAAGAAAAACAAGAUACAAAUCAAGCCAUCAGUUAAGGGUCAUGUACCAAUAAAAAAAUAAAUUUUCUGGAGGAAAUAAAAUCCAACUAGACGAUAAAAGUAGAGAUUAUGAAAUGGUUCAGUAAGGGUGAGAGUUUCAAAGCAUGUUUCAGUUCUGCAUCACGAUUGGGAGACAGGGCGGGUGGGAUGGGGAGAAAAGGCCAUGGGGAAGCAGAGGUGAUUCAUGUCUCCUGUCAGUGUGAGCUGCAUGGUUCCUCACUCUAGGCCACUUGUGAUGAGUAUGAGUCAGUUGCUACCAGCCUUGGAAUUUACUUCUAGCUUACAGCAGCCCUUUUGAGUUGGAAAACACCUUGUCUGCUUUCAUUUUAGAAUGUCAAAAUUAAUUUUUGUAAUAAAUGUUUAUUUUUCACAUUGA